CGGCGUUUUUACUGAUUCAAGAGUGACUGGUGGAAACGAGGAACUCACCUCUUGGCAUUUGGGCGGUAUCUUCACAUUUUACCUGAUAUAAACCAAGCAAAGGAAAAUUGACAGCCUGGCAUUGAAACAGAGAAUAUGAACUACCUGCCGGAUGACAACUCCAGGUACAACGACGUUGACUACUGGGAUGAAAGAUACAAGACGGAGCAGAGUUUUGACUGGUUGGGCUGCUUUUCUAAAUUCAAGCACCUUCUGGAAAAACACGUCAAGCAAGAAGACUCUAUACUAAUACUUGGUUGUGGAAACAGCAGUAUGAGUGGAGAUAUGUACAGUGCCGGUUACCGCUCCAUCACCAACAUAGACUACUCCUCUGUGUGCAUCAGUACAAUGGGUGCCAGGUACAGCCACUGCCCGGGAAUGACCUGGCAACAGAUGGACGUGCGCCAACUCUCCUUUCCUGAAGCGUCCUUUGAUGUCAUUCUUGAGAAGGCCACGCUGGACGCCAUCAUGGUGGAAGAGAAGUCACCUUGGGAGGUGUCUCCUGACACCGCCUGUUUCAUUCACCAAGCACUCACAGAGGUACAAUUCAAAACUGAUGAGGGUUAAAUGUUUCUUGAACUAAGAUGAGACUAAGGUCAGAAAUCCUUGCCAAAAUGUAUUGAUUUUUGGCAAAACAUACGCUGGGAUUUUAAGCGGAUGUGCAGUUGCGUUUCAUAUCCUGUUGCGUUCUAGGGAGGGGUCAUGCAUUUUGAAACACAUUUUUUUUUAAGUUUGUCUCUUUUACAUCUGCGCUUGCUUAUAUAUUUGCGAAGAGGUUUGUGUGCCUUGCCCCCAGUUUCUUUUGGGAGAUGUGUUUGAGUAGGGGAGCAUCCUCAAACUCACAGAAAGACUAUUUGGUUGAAAGAAAACCCUUUAUUGACAAUUCAGGUGUGAUUAUGUGCAGUUAUUUUCCUUUUUGCUUUAACUGGCCGAAGAGCAGAUCCUUCAAGUG